CGUUUACCGACUGUGUUGGUUUAGCCACCGGUAAUUUUGCUGGUAUUAAAUAGUACGUAUUCGGGAUAGUUACCGCCGAUGUGAAUAUAAAAUAAAAAUUUAUUCUUCACAUAACUAACAAAGUGUGCACUCAACAAAAAAUUAGAUGGCCAAUCGUGCAGUUCUCGAUUAGAGCUCCAGCUGAACAGUUACAAUACAGCAAUUUUAACUUGCCAGCAUACAAAAACGUUGUUAUUACAAAAAAAUAAAACAAGUACUAAUAAAUAAUAAAAAAUAUAGUGCAAAAUAUACUAAAAAAAAUUAUAAAAGAGCAAAAGAACUCUAACCGUUGAAAAGUGUGAAUAUAAAUAGCAGGCAUUUCAACGCAGUGACACAAAUAUUUUAGUAGCAAUACGAAAAAAAGUGCAAAAUAAGCGAGAACUAUAAAUUUGUAUUUAUCUGUAGCAACCUUAAGUUUAUAAAAAAAGUGCCAAAAAUGACUGAACGAUAUGGCAAAGGUGUUACCACCAAUCUGGUGAACAGCUCACCACCUGUUGCAAUCAAUGGUGUAGGAGCCGCAGUAGCCGCUGCCGCCACCUCAGCCAAUGGCCAUGGAAGUGGUAUGAAUGCAACUGCUGACACUGACGAUGGUGAUAAAAUCGUAUUAAAGCGUAAAUUGACGCUAAUAAACGGAGUUGCUAUCAUUGUUGGUACAAUUAUUGGUUCGGGAAUAUUUAUAGCGCCAACAGGUGUCUUCCUCUAUACAGAAUCUGUGGGCUCGUCUCUGCUUAUUUGGUCUGCCUGCGGCAUUCUUUCCACGAUCGGUGCGCUUUGCUAUGCUGAGCUCGGCACGAGCAUCACACGUUCGGGUGGCGAUUAUGCAUAUUUGUUGGUGGCAUUUGGACCGCUAGUCGGCUUUUUGAGAUUAUGGAUAGCUUUGCUAAUCAUUAGACCAACAACACAGACAAUCGUCGCCUUGACAUUUGCACAAUAUGCAGCAAAACCAUUUUUCGAAGACUGUUCCCCGCCCGAAUCGGCUGUAAAAAUUUUAGCUGCCAUUUGCUUGUGUUUGCUCACUGCCAUUAAUUGUUUAUCCGUGAAAUGGUCUAUGAAAGUGCAGGACAUCUUUACUGCCGGCAAACUCUUGGCGCUAAUAAUGAUCAUUUUAGCUGGCCUCUACUAUUUGCUGAUGGGCCGUCUUGAGAAUUUCGAAAACGCCUGGGAGGGUAAUUACGAUGCGGGCAAUAUUGGGUUUGCCUUUUAUUCGGGCCUCUUUGCAUUUGGCGGCUGGAAUUAUUUGAACUUUGUGACGGAGGAGUUGCAGGAUCCAUACAAAAAUCUUCCACGUGCUAUUUGGAUUGCCAUGCCUCUGGUCACUGGCAUAUAUGUGUUAGUGAAUUUAGCCUAUUUUGUCGUAGUGUCAAAGACCGAAAUGCUCAGUUCGCUGGCCGUAGCGGUUACAUUCGGCAAUCGUGUUUUCGGGCCGCUCGCCUUCAUGGUACCCAUAUUUGUGGCGCUGAGCACUUUUGGUGGCGUUAACGGAGUGCUCUUCACCUCGGCGCGGCUAUUUGCCACGGGUGCUCAAGAAGGACAUUUGCCUAAAUUUUUUACACUAUUCCAUAUCAAACAACAAACACCUAUACCAUCGUUGAUAUUCUCGUGCAUCACGUCGCUAUUGACACUACUCACUGCCGAUGUUUACAUUCUGAUUAAUUACUUUAGUGCCAUGUUGUGGCUGUCAGUGGUGGCCAGUAUUGCUGGCAUGCUCUGGAUGCGUCAUACCAAACCUAACAUUCCGCGGCCUAUUAAGGUGCACCUGGCACUGCCCAUUAUCUUCAUUAUAUGCUGCCUGACACUUGUGCUUUUGCCAAGCUUCAGUAAUCCCAUGAAUCUCAUUGUUGGUAUCGGCAUUACGGUAGCCGGAAUACCCUUCUAUUAUUUGUGUAUAGCGCGCAAAAACAAAGCAGCGUGCUAUAAUAGUCUAUCGCGUGGUAUGCUGAACUUCUGUAGAGCUAUGUUCAAUACGGAACUUAUUGAGAGUAGUGAAAGUAUUGAUAAGUAAAAUUAAAGAACGUAAAAUCUCAAAUGUUGCAAAAUGAAGCCUGAGAUAAUCAAACCCGGAGAAAAAAACGAUAUUUUAACGUUUAAUGUAUUAAAUUUAAGAGAGAAGAAUUUUGUAAAGGAAGUGUUGUAUUUACUUCAUAAUAUAAUUUUCAAUUUGAAUUUAAGUUAUACUCAUGUAUUUAAAUCAUGCCACACACACGCCCAUAUACAUAUACACUUUAAUUAUAUAUUAUAUGUAUAUAUGUACGUUUAUGUACAAUAUAUUUUAAUUAGAGAAUUCACUUAUAGUGAAUGCAAAUACAGCUGUGUUCAUAGCAAUAGUAGCGCAAAUCCGAUCAAGAAAUUUGCAAACACAGAAUCGAUGCAGUUUCUCCAUGAUUUCCGAAAAAAAUGAAUUUUUUUUUUUUGACUUAGACGACACUUUAGAGUUUUGCAAACAGUAUCGGUAGGUCUUUAACGGGGAAUAAAUUGUUAUGCACGGUCCGGUACUCGAAGUGUAACCAAUUGAAAAGGUCAUAAAUUUAGUUUGGAAAAUGACUGUUAUUCAAUUCAAAGUAAAAAAUGUGUGGAAAUAAUACAAAAUUAAGAAUAAAAUCACUUUUGCUUUACUCAGAUAUUUUCAGUUAUUCCGCCAUUUGAUUGGCACUUUGUCGGGCAUUUC